AACUUGGCGAAGAAAACUGAUGCGCCGUUCAAGCACCUGUGUUAUGCCAACUCAUGGUGUGACGGACCGCUCUCAGUGUUCCACCGGGGGCGCCCCGAUUUCCGUCAAGUGUACGCGAACCAGGGCCCUGCCACUCCUUCCCGGAAGUAUGUCGUUGAUGCAUAUCCCUACCGGGCUGCGCACCUUUCGGAGGGACAAAUUCCCUUCGCAAGCACCAGGCGAACUUCGAUUGAUGGUCCUCGCCGUGCUCCCUCGAUUAUGCAGAAAGUCUGGCGUCGAGGCUCGACGGUUUCGACCAUUGCUCCCGAGGCCCCUGCUCUUCCUUCUACUGCGGAUAAGGCGACAGAAACUGUCACUCCUCCUGCUUUAGACAGGGGAACGGACCCUGAUACUCCUAGUGGAGUUGACAAGGGUACGGGAACUGUCACUCCAUCUAGCUCGGACAAAGGCACGGAAACCGUCACUCCUGUUGGCUCAGACAAAGCAACGGAAACCGUCGGUCCUUCUGUAUCAGACGGAGGCGUGCAGACCGAAAUCAUCGAAGAGGAGCCGGAAGUUUUCCAAGUUCAGGUUGGCGAUGAAUUGGUAAUGGAGCAACCUCUUGGACCCGGCUUCGAUGAGAAAAUCAUCAUCAAGGUCGCCGACGUCUUGGACAUCGACAAGCUGGCAGAAGCCUCGAACGCGCCCGACCAAGACGACAAGGCAGACGACAAGAAGGACGACAAGGGAAGCAUCGAGUCCGAGCACAUGCAACCCGAGCACCAAGUGCUUCUCGAGGAGCUUACUCGCGAGACCAAACGACUUGAGGAAAUGAGGCGUCAACUGCAGGUUUUCGUGGAGAAGCAUGGUAUUGACAUCCGGCUCCUAGACCACUGGGAGAAGUACUCGUCACAAAGCACCGAGCUGAAGCAGCUUCGACCGCGCUGCCUGCUACCUUCCGAGGCCCUCCGCGAGCGACACGAGCUCAUGAAAGAGAGCCUGUUGAAGGUGGAAGAGGGCCGGGCAGCAGUACGGCACCGGUGCAUUGAGGCUCUAGAGAAAAUCACGCGAGAGCUCCAGGGGAUCCCCGUCAUUGAGACUCCCCCAGCGGGCGUUGAGAUCCCGGAUGACAAGGUGAUCCUCGACCACGAAGAGGAAGCUUCUCCGUCCCAGGCAAAGUCGACAACCGAUAUCAAGGAGAUGUCAACCCUCAAACGCCUUCUCACACGCAUCAGCUCCAUGAUCUCGAACCUCACGACCCCGCGCUCGCAAUCCCUCUUCGACAACGCGGUCUGGUACGCCAAACUCGCGGUCCGCAACCUCAGCCUCGGCUACCUCUGGCAACUCACCCGCUGGCCCACCAACGUAGUCUGCCAACCCUUCCUCCGCUGCGGCGGCUGGCUCUUCGAGCCCCAGCGCUGGGCCACGCUAGCCGACAGGUCCGAGCAGCGCCUCAGCACCAUCUACCGCAUCCUCGUGUCGGCAUGCGCAUGGGAAGCGAUAUUCUGGGCCGCGAACGCGUCGAGACGGCAAGAGAGCGAGGCCGCGGACGGCACCGACGGCGCCGCGACCCCGCUUGUACGGGCCGAGGCUGAGGGCGGAGACGCUGCUGCUGCCGCUGGCGAGAGCGAGGAGGGCGAGAUGGAGUUGUGGAAGAAGAAGAAGGAGGAGGAGAUUACGCAUUGGUUGCUCUGCGAGGAUUUGGAACGCGCGAGAGGCGCGUUGAAGGAGUUGGAGGGCGCGAGGGAGGCCGAGGAUGCGGGGUGGGAGCUGGUGGGGUUGGAGGGGCUGGAGAGCCUCGCGAGGGCUGUGCAUGGUGAGCCUGUGCGGGAGCCUGUUAAGCCGGCUGCGGCGGAGGCGGAAUAAGUGGAGGUAUUACUUGUGCGACUUCUUCUUCUGUGGUCUUCUUCUCCUUUUCUCAUUCUCUUCUCCUUCAUCGCCGUCUUUUUCUUUUCCGUCAUUUUUCUUUUCCAUCAUCAUCAUCGUCAUCAUCUCGUUCUUAUUCUUCUUGCGCAUUUGGAAAUUGUCAUUCGUCUGGCGGGGUUUCUCUCUAUACUAUCUACUAAUAUAGUCUGCUUCCUGGAGAAGCAGAGGAGGGCGUUCGGCUGCAUGGAGUUGGGACGGCAUGGCAUGGGGCUGGGGCAUCAUCAGGCUGGCGACGGAUUUUGAUUUCGGGUUUAGGGCUUUUUGGUGUUUCUUUGAUGUACCAUGAUCAGCAGUAAAUGCAUGCGUG